AUGGUGCUCACCCGACGGCAAACGUCCGGACUGCUGGCGCCGCUCGUCGCUUCCUCCGGCACUCUGCCUGGGCUGAAGUCCGCGACUGCCGCCUCGACCCCAUCGGCACUGCCUUACAUCGGCCUGGGGACCUGCUGUGACGACGCCGACACUGCCGAGCGGUUGGUGCUGGCUGGUCUCGAGGCGGGCUAUCGGCUGGUCGAUACCGCGGCUCACUACGACUCGGAGCCAGCCGUCGGCGCUGCGCUCGCCGCCGCCGUCGACCGAGGCGUGCUUCGCCGCUCCUCCGAGGUGACGGUGUGCACGAAGGUGUGGUUUUCCGACAUGGGCUACGACGCCGCGAUCGCCUCUGCGCGCCGCAGCCUGGAGCGGCUGCGCGAGGAGCGGCUUGGCCUCCUGCUCAUCCACUUCCCGGGCUCUCCCGACGCCGUGCAGGACCCAAAGCGGAACCGCGCGCUGCGCGCCUCGACCUGGCGCGCGCUCGAGGACCUGCAGCGCGACGGGCUCGUGCGCGACAUCGGAGUCUCCAACUGGAGCCGGCGCCACCUGCGCGAGAUGCUGGCCACGUGCCGCACGCCACCGGCGGUCCUUCAGACCGAGCUGCACCCGCGCUGCCAGCAGCCGGAGCUGCGGGAGGACUGCGACGCCGCGGGGAUCAAGGUCCUCGCGCACUGCCCGCUGGCGCACGGCGCUGCGUCGCUGCUCCGCGAUCCGACGCUGUGUGCGGUCGCGGAUCGGGUCGGCAGGAGCCCGGCGCAGGUUGCGCUGCGGUGGAGCGUGCAGAGCGGCGUGGUGCCGCUGCCGCACGGGUCGUCGGCGGCGCGGCUGCGCGAGAACCUGGCGGCGGCGGCAGACGACUUCGAGCUCGACGCCGCGGCGAUGGCCAGCCUCGCGUCCCUCGACGCCGAGGAGCGGCAGGCAUUCAACCCGGCGCUGAUCGCAUGCUGCUGCUGGUGCGGCGCGGCUCUCCGACGCGACUCGAUGCGCGCGUCGCGGCUAUCUGACGCGGCGGGCGGCGUCGCGGGCGGCAGCGGUGGCGGCUCGCGGGUGGAGGUGGAGGCUGGUGGGCGAGCUUCAGGCACGCUCAUCUCGAUCGUCAAGACGUUGCUACGCGCGGUCUUCCGCGGGGGGAGCUGCGUCGACGGAGAGCGCUGCAUGGGCGACCGCUACGACGACAGGUCCCGUUACCGCAGCCGCAGCCGCAGCCGCGGGCGCGACCGGCGCCGCAGCCGCUCCCGCAGCCGCGAUCGGCGCGACCGGAGCCGCGACCGCGGCGACCGCGGCGACCGCGGCGACCGCGGCGACCGCGGCGACCGCCGCGAGUAUGAGCACGACGAGUACCGCGAGUCCCGGCCGCCGCAGUACGGCCGCGGCGCCGGGCUGGGCUACAGCGGCCCGCCUCCCGACCGCGGCGGCAGCUAUGGCGGCGGAGGGCGCGGCGGCGGCUUCGUGAGCGAGGGAGGCGGCGCGUACGGAGGCCUCGAGCCCGCGUGUGGUCCGAGUGGCCCGCCGCCGCCAGUGCCGAUCGGGCACGGCUCCGGCCUCGGCCCUGCGGCGGCGACGACGGACGAGAUCAUCGUGCUCAUCGAGAGGCGGAACAACGCCAAGAACAUGCAGGACUUUGGCGCCGCGGACGCGCUGCGUGUGCAGCUGGAGGCGAUUGGCGUGACGCUGGACGACCGCGGGCGCAUCUGGUCGACGCUCGACGGCCGCUCGGGCAAAUACGACGGCGCCGGCGGCGCGAGCCGCGGCGACAAGACGCUCGAGGACGGGUCCCUCUCGUGGGAGAACACGAUCUACGUGCAAGGCUUGCCUGCUUCGGCCCGCAUACACGAGAUAGCAGAGUUCUUCGGCGGCAUCGGGCCCAUCAAAAAGUCGAAAAAGUCGCACAACCAGGGCGAGCCGACGGCCAGCCGGGCCGGAGGAGGGGCGGUCGACUCGGGGGAACCACGCGCUCUUUGCUUCUUCGUAGGCACAAUCUCGUAUGAGGAGCCGUCGACGGCGCGCGCGGCCAUCGACUGGUCCGGCGGCAAGCCCUUUGGCCACGACUGCGCCUACCCGACCUCGAGCCUCACCGUCACGAUCGCCACGAGGCCCGACCGCCACACCGCUUCGAAGCCGGACGCCAACCGCUUCGGGAAGGGCGGCGGCGGCGGCGGCGGGCGGCGCUGGUGA